UAACGGUAUGACAUGUCGUAUGUUCUCAAGGGUUUAAAAAUAUAUAUAUUUUUGCUAAUAUUACAGUUGUUUGCGAGAUGGUGAAUAUUUUGUUUGUUUACAAAGCUUUCAAAGUCAAAAUGGUGAGAGUUUAGACUGCGAGGAUUUUGUUUGGUUGACACGUAAAACCAUCCUUUCCUCUUACGUCUAACGCCGGGACUCUGAAGAGCUCCACACCCCUAAGUUCAUUCAUUUUCAGUGGGCGGUGGGAAAUCAAAACCACUUCUGCGGUCCUUCGACGUGAAACACACGGGAGCAGAGAUGUCGACGUAUCCAAAGUUCACCCGAAGAGCUGCACGAACCCCACCUGAGGAAUAAAUGGACGAAUCUGAGCUCGCAAACGGAAUAAAUACAGACUCUACGUACGUAGCGGCGCAUUUGUUUUUACAGGUCUGUCUGUGUCCCUGCAGACACUUCCUGACACUUCCCAGCCCCCCGGAGGAGUAAUUUGGCAUUGAGGAAGUGCACACAGCAUACAAAGAAAUGACUGAACAGGGUUUCUCCGCUUCCACUCUACUAAAGCGUUAUCGUCUGGCCACGACAGAGUCAAACUCAGUCUCCUCACCAUCAGGGACUGCCGCUGAGGACCUUUCAGAGAGCAAGGAUAUUUCAGCAGACGGGGAUCCCAACUUCCCCAUGUCUUCACUGGCAGAACUUCUGGAGAAUGAUGAUGGGUCACAGCCAGCCCAGGAUUCAGCUCGACCUGGACACCAUAAUGAUAACAAGCAGAACUUGCGAAUAAGGUUCCCAGGGGCCUUUAAAAAGGGAGUUCCUAACCCCAUGGACCUUCUUGAGUCCACCAUGUCUGAGUAUCCAGUGGCACCUGGGCCGAAAAAAGCACCUAUGGACUCCCUGUUUGACUACGGCACAUGUAGAGAGAUCAACAACCAGAAAAAACGCAGGAAGAAACUUCCACGAGGGAAGGCCGAGAUUGAGAUGUCAUGCGACGAGGGGUCCCCGGAGCCCACUGUUCUUAAAGUCUUCAACCGCUGGCUGCUGUUCGAAGCCGUAUCUCGAGCAGAUAGAAGAGCUCUGGAUGGUCUUCUGCAGUAUCUUCAGUCAAAUGAAAAGAGACUGACAGACGAGGAGUUCAAAGAGCCUUCUACAGGGAAGACUUGCCUACCAAAAGCCCUUCUGAACCUGCACGGCGGUCACAACGACACCAUCCCUGCGUUGAUGGACAUCGCCGAACAGACCGGAAACCUCAGAGAGUUCAUCAACACUCCCUUCAGAGAUGUUUACUACAGGGGUCAGACUGCGCUGCAUAUCGCCAUAGAACGACGAUGCAAACAAUACGUGGAGCUUCUGGUGGAGAAGGGGGCUGACGUUCACGCUCAGGCCAGGGGACGAUUCUUUCAGCCCAGAGAGGAGGGUGGAUACUUCUACUUUGGUGAGCUGCCUCUCUCUCUCGCCGCUUGUACCAACCAACCAGACAUGGUGCACUACCUGACCGAGAACAGCCACAAGGCGGCGGAUCUGCGGAGGCAGGACUCGCGGGGAAACACAGUCCUGCACGCCCUGGUCCAUAUCGCUGACAACACCCGGGACAACACGCGCUUCGUCACUAAGAUGUACGACUUGCUGCUCAUUAAAUGCGCCAAACUCUACCCAGACUGCAACUUGGAGAAUGUUGUCAACAAUGAUAGCAUGUCCCCUCUCAUGAUGGCCGCCAAGCUGGGCAAAAUUGGGGUGUUCCAGCACAUCAUCCGGAGAGAGAUAAAAGACGAGGAGGCUCGGCAUCUUUCCCGGAAAUUUAAGGACUGGGCUUACGGACCUGUAUACUCCAACCUGUAUGAUCUAUCGUCACUGGAUACCUGCGGAGAGGAAGUCUCUGUUCUGGAGAUACUCGUCUACAACAGCAGGAUUGAGAAUCGCCAUGAGAUGUUGGCGGUGGAACCCAUAAACGAGCUGCUGAGGGCCAAGUGGCAGAAGUUUGCCGCUGUGACUUUCUACAUCAGCGUCUUUUCCUACCUUGCCACCAUGAUCAUCUUCACUCUCGUGGCCUACUAUCGGCCGUCCACGGGUACACCUCCUUACGCCUACAACUCUACAGAAGACAAGGUGCGCUUGGCGGGCGAGAUCAUAACCGUGGCUUCCGGGGUCUUCUUCUUCGCAACAAAUAUUAAGGACCUUUUCCUGAAGAAGUGCCCGGGGGUGAAUUCUUUAUUUAUUGAUGGAUCCUUUCAACUUCUCUACUUCAUCUACUCCUUGUUGGUGCUGGUGAGUGCAGCGCUGUAUCUGUCCGGGAUCGAGGCCUACGUGUCUGUGAUGGUGUUCGCUCUAGCAUUAGGUUGGAUGAACACCCUGUAUUUCACCAGAGGCCUUAAACUCACUGGAACUUACAGCAUCAUGAUUCAGAAGAUCCUCAUCAAAGAUUUGUUCCGUUUCCUGCUGGUCUACGUGCUCUUCAUGAUAGGCUACGCGUCAGCUUUAGUGUCACUGCUGAAAAUCUGCCCCGAAAAGAGCGAAUGCAACGGUACCUGCCCCGUAUACCCGGAGUGCAGAGACACAAACACCUUCAGCGAAUUCCUGCUGGACCUGUUUAAGCUGACCAUAGGCAUCGGAGAGCUGGACGACAUGUUAAAAGGCGCGCAGUAUCCCGUCGUCUUCCUCGUUCUCCUGGUCACCUACAUUAUUCUCACCUUCGUCCUGUUACUCAACAUGUUAAUUGCUUUGAUGGGGGAGACAGUGGGACAGGUGUCCAAAGAGAGCAAGCAGAUCUGGAAACUGCAGUGGGCAACGACUAUCCUGGACAUCGAGCGGUCCUUCCCCGUGUGUCUGCGGAAGUCUUUCCGCGUUGGAGAGAUGGUUACUGUGGGCAAGGGCUUGGAUGGGACGCCAGACAAACGCUGGUGCUUCAGAGUGGACGAGGUCAAGUGGUCCCACUGGAAUCAAAACCUGGGGAUCAUAAAUGAGGAUCCAGGCCAGAAAGAGCAUUACGAGCAGACGCAGGGCGGACGGGGCCUUCGAAGAGAUCGCUGGUCCACUGUCGUCCCAAGAGUGGUGGAGCUGAACAGGGGCUCCAGAGACCAUACCGUAGAGAUGGAGCCUCUCACGGGCAGACACAGACACAAGUCUGAAAGCUAAAGAGGGUCAAAGUUAUGUAUUUUAUAAAAGCUGACAAUAAUUUUAGUUUUUUUUUUUUAUAAAUCACAAUUGGGAGAACGGCUCCGAUAUUAUGACUUUUAUAUAUAUAUAUGUAUAUUUGGACCCAUGAGACACUCAGGAACAUAUUUGAUGUUUAUUAUUGUAGUGUUUUUUUAUCAUGGAGGGUGCAAUAGAUUUUUUAAAAAUUUUUAUUAUUUUGAUUAAAAAAAAAAACAACGCUUCACAAGGACUCGGAUCGGAGUAUCAGCGUCUGUCUGCUGUCUGAUUCCUGCUGACAUUUUUUUUUUUGUGGAUUAUGUGGAAAGGUAAUAUUUUAAUCAAUGAUAAUGUCAGAUUACCUCAGUGUUAAAUGUGCCUUGUGAUAAAGUACAGUUCCUUUUUUUUUUUUUUUUUUUUUUUUUU